CUUCAAAUUUCUCUCUUUUAUAUCUAAUCUCUGGAAUUAGUUAGCGAUUGUUAAUUCUGGAUUCUUGCUGAUUUCUCCUCAACUCAAUUAAAUAUGGCUUCUUUUACGCCCAAGAAUAUCCUGAUAACUGGGGCUGCUGGGUUUAUUGCAUCUCAUGUUGCCAAUCGGCUCGUUCGGAACUACCCGGACUACAAGAUUGUUGUACUCGAUAAGCUUGAUUACUGCUCGAACCUUAAAAAUCUAAUUCCUUCAAAGUCAUCCCCGAACUUCAAGUUUGUGAAGGGGGACAUUGAAAGCGCUGAUCUCGUUAACUAUCUGCUUAUCACCGAGUCUAUUGACACGAUAAUGCACUUUGCGGCGCAAACUCAUGUUGAUAAUUCAUUUGGGAACAGUUUUGAGUUUACGAAGAACAAUAUUUAUGGCACUCAUGUCCUGCUUGAAGCCUGCAAAGUCACUGGUCAGAUCAGGAGGUUCAUUCAUGUCAGCACCGAUGAGGUUUACGGGGAGACGGAUGAGGAUGCUGUUGUUGGAAACCAUGAGGCUUCCCAACUUCUCCCGACAAAUCCGUAUUCGGCAACAAAAGCCGGUGCUGAAAUGCUUGUUAUGGCAUAUGGCAGGUCGUAUGGAUUACCAGUUAUUACGACCCGUGGAAACAAUGUUUAUGGUCCCAAUCAGUUCCCGGAAAAACUAAUUCCCAAGUUUAUCCUAUUGGCAAUGAGGGGGAAGGUCCUUCCAAUUCACGGGGAUGGUUCUAACGUGAGGAGUUAUUUAUACUGCGAGGAUGUCGCCGAGGCAUUCGAGGUCAUUCUUCACAAGGGUGAAGUUGGCCAUAUUUAUAAUAUCGGCACGAAGAAGGAAAGGAGAGUGAUUGAUGUAGCCACCGAUAUAUGCAAGCUUUUCUCGAUGGAUCCUGAGACGAGCAUCAAGUUUGUCGAAAACAGACCAUUCAAUGACCAGAGGUAUUUUCUUGAUGAUCAGAGAUUGAAAAAAUUGGGAUGGUGUGAGCGAACUGUAUGGGAAGACGGGUUGAAGAAGACCAUAGAAUGGUACACCCAAAACCCUGAUUGGUGGGGUGAUGUGAGUGGUGCUCUGCUACCGCACCCGAGAAUGUUGGUGAUGCCUGGUGGUAGACACUUCGAUUCCGAGGAAGUAAAAGAGACAUCAUAUGCAAGCGGUCCUAAUCAGACUACUUAACAAAAUAAUAUCUUAUAGUCGGAAGAUCAUUUGUAUAUUUUACGACAGUAAAAGGCCAUAUUUAAUGAUUAGAGGAAUGAUUGUUGUCGUUAGAG